ACUGAUAUAUGAUGACAUUAGGGUAUUAAUGUGGCCAUUAACCUUAGCUGAUCAUUGUCCAUUCAGAUACUUUUCUUGGUAUCUAUUCUUUGGUUAAAAAAACGAAGAAGAAAAAAGGGAACUUUAUUUGGAAAUGCUUAAACUUUUAUAAGAGAAGUGAAAGAAGACGCUUUACUAUCAGGUAGGAGUGGCCAAAUCCUGAGUUGAUUUCAGAGAAAGCCUGAGAGUGAAAGGAUUCCGGGAAAUGGGCGGAGCUGUUCGCCUUAUAUGUAGAGCUUUCACAGCGCUGUCAGUUCAUUCUGACAUUAGAACGAGCAGAAGAUUCUGUCUCGCGCGGAGGAGCUCUCUAUCGAGAUAUAACGGUGGAAUAAAUCAAUGGGAGUUCAAACACGCCUGAUUUUGGAAACGGCGACGAGAGUUUGUCAAAGGCAGAGUUGUACUGACUGCUCUUGGAGUUCACAUUCGCUAAAACGACAGAUGAGUCUCUAGAUGAUCUUCCUGUGGUACGGCAUGGAAGACCACACUGGUUGGUCUUUCCUGUAGGAUGGUGGCGCACAGUUCAGUGGAAGGGAAUCAAGGCACGGAAGAACCCCAAGCGAGGACAGAAGCCUCCCCAAAGUUCUCCCAAUCCCAAACACCCAGGCCAAGCCAACUGGCAGCGGUUAUCCAGACACAUUUCAGGCCCUUCAACUAUGCCAGGGACUUCAAGACCAUCGCGAAGACCACCUCAAUGCUAGAGGAGAGUGGCUUCUAUUGGGGUCCCAUGACUGUGGAGGAAGCACAUCAGAAGCUGAAGAAGGAGCCAGUGGGAACUUUCCUGAUCCGGGACAGUUGUCAGAGCGACGUUUUCUUUACACUGAGUUACACGGCACAGAACGGUCCCGUCAGCGUCCGGAUUACCUUCAAGAAUUCCAAAUUCAGUCUGACUGGCAGCAAGCAAUCUUUUGACUGUCUUUUCAAACUGCUGGAGCACUACAUCAGUUCCCCGAAGAAGGGUCUCGUCAGGCCCUACAGGAAAGAACCGGUGGAGUCUCUGCAGCAGCUGUGCCGCAGACGGAUUAUCGAAACAUGCGGCGGAAAAGACAUCGACCGCAUCCCUGUGCACCCGAUCCUCAAAGACUUCCUCCAUGCCUUCCCUCAUCCGCUAUGAAGACCAGACUCAUUGCAUUAAAGCGCUGCUGGAAUAUUCUGGAGAUACUUGAUGGACUCCUCGUGGUCCUGCUCUGUUUUAGGACGCAGGAAUCAUACUGUAGCACAUUCUGGAAUAUCAGACUUGAACACUGCACAAUGAAAGUUUACAUUGUUUGUGAAUGUUUACACUAUACGGGAAUAUUGUGUUCCUUCGGUUCUAUUUCUGCUAUGCAGAAAGAUUUAUUUCAAAAUAAUACUUUUUAUAAAAAUAAUAAAUGUAUUUGUAAUCAACUUAAACCAUCUCAAUUUUUUUUACUUUAUGUGUUGGGGGAUUCAAAGACUCGGAGACCUGAAUGGAAAUGCUUGAUUACUGUUUUUGUUAUUAUUAUUAGAUUUAGAAAAAAGGCAGUCAUCAAAUAGAGUCGUUUCAAACUAUUACAUUUCAAUUAAAGUCUAAGUGUAUUCAAAUGAAUGGCUACCAAAAUAACUAGUUAUAUUUAAAUAAAAGGUUUUUAAAUUAUAUUCAAAUGAAGGUUUACAUAUCUAAAAAAAAAAAAAA